AUGGUUUCACUAAUUGAGAAUAUCGAUACGUCCAAUGUGGAUGAUGCUGAUGAUUCUGAUGCACCGAUUGAAGUAACAACAAAAACAUCAAAAGAUGAAAAGAAAAAGAAAAAGAAAAAAAACAAAACAAAACGUCACAUUCAAUAUACAUUGGCAACUGAACAAGAUGAUCAUCCGAAUAAGAAACGUAUAGAUGAAGAAUCUGCUCUUACACAUUUGGUUUUUGGAGAUGAUGAUGAUUAUCUUGGAGAAAUCACAUCGAAAGCAGAAACACACAAAAGAACUGAUACGAUUAAAACAGACAUUGUAACAGUUGAAUCGAAAAAACCCGCAUGGAUUGAUACUGAAGAAGUAACCGAAGAAAUUGUUCGUGAACCAAAUUUUAAUCAAAUUUGCCCACGAAAACGUCAAAAAAUUACAACAGGAGAAUAUGAAAAAAAACUUAAAUUUGAAUAUGAACGUGUUAUGGGUCGACCAGCAUGGGCAGAGAAAUUAUUAAAUAAAAACAAUGAAGAAGAAGAUAGCGACGAAGAAUUAUUUCGUCGUACUGGGAAUUAUCUCACAAAGUCAACUGUUUUACGAGCUGGAACAAUUGAUUGUCUCCGUUGUGCUGAUUUUAAACAUGAUGUUGCUCAUUCUAAACUUCUACGUUCGGUUGAAUUUCAUCCAUCUGCUCGAAUACUUCUUACAGCUGGACGAAGUCAAUAUUUGAAUUUAUAUCAAGUUGAUGGAAAGAAAAAUGAACGUAUUCAAUCACUUUUUUUCGAACGAUUUUCGAUUGAUACAACACAUUUUACUCAAGAUGGUAAUCAAGUAAUAGUUACCGGUGAUCGAAAUUUUUUUAAGGUCUAUGAUAUGAUCGAAGGCAAAAUCAUGCAAAUACCAAUGAUGAGAGGAUUUGAAGAACGUUUGGGAAAAUUCGAAUUGAGUCCCGAUGGAUCUUUAAUUGUAUUUAUUAAUCGAAAUGGUCAAUUACAUUUUGUAUCGGCAAAGUCCAAAGAAUUAAUUGAUACUACUCAAAUUUCUGGGAAUAUUAAUAGUAUAACAUUUCGACAUGACAGUGAACUGAUGUUUGUCGCUGGAGAUGAAGGUAUAGUCACAGUUUUUGAUGUUCGUCGACGAGCAGCUAUACAUCGUUUUGUUGACGAUGGCAGUUUUUCAACAACGAGUAUGUGUGUUUCACCAAAUCAACAAUAUUUUAUUACAGGUCAAAAAAGUGGCAUUGUUAAUGUGUAUUCCUAUGAUGAUGUAUUGAAGAGCGGUGAACCAAAACCUAUAAAAUAUUUGAAAAACUUAACCACACCAAUACAAAAUGUGAAAAUCAACUCCAGUUCAGAAUUAUUAGCAAUCAACUCGUAUCAUUUAUCACGAGCUAUACGAUUGGUUCAUAUGCCAACAUUAACUGUUUAUGACAAUUUUCCAGAAUUUCACGAUAAAAAAAUUCAGAUUGUUAAUACAUUGGAUUUUUCACCAAACAGUGGUUUUCUAACGAUGGGCAACAAUAAUGGUAAAGUGCUUUUGUAUCGACUCAAGCAUUAUACUAAUUAUUAA